AUGGAUUCUCGGGGUUUCCGUGAGGCCGCUGCCACGGCCAUUGACGAGAUUGCCGGCUACUAUGACAACCUUGACGAGCGGGAUGUCGUGUCCACCGUAGAGCCUGGUUACCUGCGAAAACUCUUGCCCUCCGAGGCCCCAGUAGAAGGCGAGGCCUGGACUGAUAUUCAGAAAGAUAUCGAGGGCAAGAUCCUCCCCGGUAUCACUCACUGGCAACACCCCGGCUUCCACGCCUUCUUCCCCUGCGCCACCUCCUUCCCCUCCAUCCUCGGUGAGCUCUACAGCGCCGCCCUCUCCGGCGCCUGCUUCAACUGGAUCUGCUCUCCAGCCGUGACCGAGCUCGAGACCAUCGUGCUCGACUGGCUAGCCAAGGUCCUUGGCCUUCCCGAAUGCUACCUCUCCACCGGUCCCACGCGGGGCGGCGGCGUCAUCCAGGGCUCCGCCUCCGAGGCCGUUCUGACGGCCAUGGUCGCCGCCCGCGACAAGUACCUGCGCGAGACGGUUCCCCUUGAGCAGUUCCCCGAUGGCUCCGAGGCGCGCGAGGACGCCAUCGCCCACAAGCGAAGCAAGAUGGUGGCGCUCGCCACGACGGCCACCCAUAGCUCUACCAAGAAGGCUGCCAUCAUUUUGGGAGUGCGGUUUCACACCACCGCCGUCCACGCCGAUACGGGAUACUCGCUUACGGGUCCCGUGCUGGCCAAGACGCUCGCUGACCUGCGCGCCCGCGGCCUCGAGCCCUUCUUCAUGACCGCCACCUUGGGAACGACCGACACCUGCGCGGUCGACGACUUCGCCGGCAUCGUGUCGACGCUCAAGUCCGACCCCGUGUACCCUGCCGGCACUCCCGGCGAGCUGUGGGUGCACAUCGACGCGGCGUACGCCGGCUCCGCCCUCGUUCUCCCCUCGGUCCAGCAAGAUGUCUCCAUCUCGCUCAUCGAGAACUUCCACUCGUUCGACAUGAACAUGCACAAGUGGCUCCUGACCAACUUCGACGCCUCGUGCCUUUACGUGCGCGACAGGAACUGGUUCAUCCAGGCCUUGACCAUAAACCAGGCCGUGUACGGCAACAAGGCGUCCGAGGGCGGGCUGGUAACGGACUACCGCGAGUGGCAGAUCCCGCUCGGCCGCCGCUUCCGGUCGCUCAAGGUCUGGUUCGUGCUCCGGUCGUAUGGUGUCAAGGGCCUGCAGGAGUACAUCAGCCGCACCAUCAAGCUGGGCGAGGAGUUUGCCGAUCAGCUCAAGUCGAGGCCGGAUCUGUUUGAGAUCUUGACCGGCCCGAGCUUUGCCCUCACUGUGUUCAGGGUCGCUGGCAAGGAGCAGGGUAAGAGCGAGGAGGAGCUGAACACGCUUACCAAGGCUGUGUGCGAGAAGAUCAACGCUUCUGGCAGGAUGUGGGUGACCAGCACGGUGUUGGAUGGCAGGUUCGCCAUUCGCAUGGUGACUAGUGUGAGGACGACUGAGAAGGUGCAUGUUGACCGGGCAUGGAAGAUUCUGGUCGACGCCGCGGAGGAGGUCGUCAAGGCUUAG